AUGCAAUCGGCCAUGGCAUUUCGAGCACGGUCGUCGGCUCUCGUGCGUCAGAGUCGGUCGCUAUGCCAUUUUACGGGCCGCACCCGUGGCUUUGCGUCUGUGGCUGACAACACGCGACCUUACGAUGUCGUUGUUAUUGGAGGCGGUCAUGCUGGAUCUGAGGCAUGCGCCGCCGCCGCUCGGUCUGGAGCGCGCACCGCUUUGGUAACGCCAUCGCGAGAAAACAUUGGUGUCUGCUCAUGCAACCCCAGCUUUGGUGGUAUUGGAAAAGGCACAAUGAUUCGCGAGGUGGAUGCGAUGGACGGUGUGGCUGGUCGCAUUAUCGAUAAAGCCGGUGUCAUGUUUAAGAUGUUAAACCGGUCUCACGGCCCAGCAGUUUGGGGACCGCGUGCGCAGAUCGACCGCGAUCUUUACAAGCGGUAUAUGUCCGAGGAAUUGAACAGCACCGAAAAUCUCAGCAUCGUGGAAGGAAAAGUGGCAGACAUCGUUCUUUCCACUGAAGGAAUUGAGAGCACACCUGGUGCUCAGGGCAAGAUUGUUGGCGUGCGGCUGGAGUCUGGAGAGGUCAUUCCUACAGGCCGUGUGGUCAUCACGACUGGAACCUUCUUGGGUGGUGAAAUUCAUAUUGGAAUGGAUGUCUUCCCCUCAGGCCGCAUGGGCGAGGCACCCACGUAUGGCCUGAGCAAGUCUCUUCGCGAAGCCGGCUUCCAGCUUGGACGUUUGAAGACCGGUACGCCACCUCGACUGGAUAAGAAGACGAUCGAUUUUUCAGCGCUGGAAGUGCAGAAGGGUGAUUCACCGCCCAAUCCAUUCUCUUACCUCAAUGAAACCGUUGCAGUUGGCGAUGAAGGCCAACUCACCUGCUGGAUGACCCACACCAAUGAAGCUGCCCACGACAUUAUCCGCGCCAAUCUGGACAAGUCCAUUCAUAUCAGGGAAACCAUCCGCGGACCACGAUAUUGUCCAUCUUUGGAAUCCAAGAUCAUCCGAUUCAAGGACAAGACCCAGCAUCAAAUCUGGCUUGAGCCAGAAGGCUUUGCGCCAAACGAUGUCAUCUACCCUAACGGUAUCUCCAUGACUGUUCCCGCAGACGCACAAUACGCCAUGCUACGUGUGAUUCGGGGUCUCGAGAAUGUGACUAUGUUACAACCAGGCUACGGCGUGGAAUAUGACUACAUCGACCCUCGCAACCUUCGACCCACCCUCGAAACGAAAUUGAUCAACGGACUCUAUCUCGCCGGCCAAAUCAAUGGAACAACAGGAUAUGAAGAAGCAGCAGGACAGGGUGUCAUCGCUGGCAUGAACGCCGGACUCGAGUCGCAGAACAAAGCGCCGCUCACCCUCGACCGUUCCGACGGUUUCAUUGGAAUCAUGAUCGACGACCUCAUCACCAAGGGUGUUUCAGAGCCUUACCGCAUGUUUACAACUCGAAGCGAGUACCGCAUCUCAACACGUUCGGACAAUGCCGACCUUCGUUUGACACGCAUGGCUCGUGACGCCGGUGUCGUCUCAGACAAACGCUGGCGCGCAUUCUCUGACACCGAGACUCAGAUCAAGGAACUUCAGGGUCUUCUAGGAGACACCAAACUAUCUUCAACGAUCUGGUCCCGUAAAGGCUUCAAGCUGCGUCCCGACGCCUCUGUCCGCUCAGCGCUGGACAUCCUGUGCCUGGAUGGCGUUGACAUUGAUACUGUCAUCCCUAAUAUCGCGACUAAGUCUGGUACGACGUUUACGGCCAACUCAUUUGCACCUGAUAUCCGCACUCGUGUAGCCAUUGAGGGUCGCUACGCACCAUACCUGAAGCGUCAGGAGAAGACGGCACAGCGAUUCAAGCAGAACGAGGACUUGCUCUUGCCUGCGAGUCUGGACUACAGCAAGGUUACUGGUAUCAGCACCGAAGAAAGACAAGCUCUAGAGCGUGUGCGGCCAGUCAGUGUCGGCAUGGCCAAACGUAUCGAAGGCGUGACUCCAGUGGGCGCCUUGCGAUUGUUGAUGCAUGUUCGAAAGAACCCAGGACCCUCGAAGGAGAUCCCCAGCGAGGGCUCGGUCGCCGAAGUGCUCCGCUCAUCACCAUGA